CCUAACCCCCCUCUUGCACUUCAUCACAAUUUUCACACACACACUUCUUACAUCAUUUUUUUACUUCUUGUUCUUGGGGAAAAAUAAAAAAUAUUUUUGCAUCAUUUACAUAUAUGAAGUUUGGUAAGAGAUUGAAGCAACAAAUGGAUCAAAGUUUGGGAGAGUGGCGUGACAAGUUUUUGUCAUAUAAAGAAUUGAAGAAAAUGGUGAAUUUGAUAUCAUCAAAAGGAGCAUUGGAGUAUGAUGCCCAAUUUAUGAACCUUCUUGAUCAUGAGAUCGACAAAUUUAAUGCUUUUUUCAUAGAGCAAGAAGAGGACUUCAUCAUUCGGCAUAAGGAAUUACAAGAGAGAAUUUCCCAAGUGAUACAUAAAUGGGGACCUCAACCUUCACACAUGGAAUAUAAAGAGGAGAUGACUAAUAUUAGAAAACAAAUUGUCAAUUUUCAUGGGGAAAUGGUCCUCUUAAUCAAUUAUAGCAACAUUAACUAUACCGGGUUAGGUAAGAUCUUGAAGAAGUAUGAAAAGAGAACGGGUGGAGUUUUACGAGUUCACUUUAUAGAGAGAGUGUGGGAACAACCAUUCUUCACCACCGAUCUAAUUUCAAAGCUUGUCAAAGACUGUGAAACCACCAUAGAAAUGUUGCCACCGUCCACGGCCACCGGAAUAUUCCACGAGGAGGAGGCACCUAAAGCUAUUUUUCGUAACUCGGUGGCGGCGCUACUCAGCAUGCAGGAAAUGAGAAGAGGGAGCUCAACUUACAGCCAAUUCUCACUCCCACCAUUAAAUCUGCCUGAUUUUGAACUCAUUCAGUCCUUGCAACUUAUUUCCCCUAUACAAAUCCAUCAUGUAUAAAUCACUAUACAUUAAAUUUGGAUUUUCUUUCUUUAA